AUGGUCGCAGUGGUGGUGCCUCCACCAACCACUCAGUCAACCCAGUCAACACAGCCCGCUGGGCUAGCACCCCGCAAGCGGGCGGCGACUCAGAGUUCCAUCAGUGAGGAGGGUGCCACCUGGCAGAUGGCCCGCACCAGGCGACGCUCAGCUCGCACAGCAGUGCGGCAGCACAGUCAAGCAGCUAAAGAACAGUCUGACUCCAGCAUGCAGACGGCAGGUCUGGAGGCCUUCAACCUCAUCCCGCAGGUGGACUUCGGCAGCAGCUCACCAAACCGUUGGGAUGACACUAACCCGGAGCAGCGAGAGGAGGAGAGGCCCCGGGUCAUGACAUAUGUACGCAAGGGCUCAAAGACAAGGGCACAGCAACACCGGUCUGUGCAAAGCAGGGAUCUGCUAUGGGUCAGUGUAAAUGGCUGCCACAUUCUCAAUGUGUACAGACAGCCUGGGACAGACGCAGUCAUGGACUAUCUGACCAAUCUGAGCCCACCAGCCCGCUGUCUGAUAGGUGGGGAUAUCAACGUAAGGCAUGAUGCCUUUGAACCAGGGGCAGUGAAUCUGCACCGGGGCGGGGAGCUUGUCCAAUGGGCCAGUGAACAUGGGAUGGACUUUGUGGGAGAGAUAGGGGUUCCGACUCAUGCAGCAGGUCAUGUGAUUGAUCUCACCUUCUCCAAUGUGGCCUUUGCUUCCACUACAGUGCGUCAAGAUCUACACUGCGGCUCAGAUCACCAGUCUAUGAUCACUAUACUGUCAACAACACUUCAAACACAGCUGAGUGAUGCUCGGAUCAAGAUCACAGACUCUCAGCUGAAGCCCUUUGCAGAUCUUGUCAGAGGUCUCAUGAUGAACAUGUUUUGCUCAGAGAGGGUUGGAAAUAUGGCACAGUUUGAUGAUCUGACUCAGCACUUCACUCAGAGUCUUCUGACUGCAGCUCAGGCAGUCAUCAGAGAUGGUAGAGAUCUCAUGAGGAACUUGCUCUGGAACCUCCGGAUUGAGAUGGAGGAGAUGGAGCGCAACAUCAUUGAGAUACAGAGCACCUCCUCAGACACGGAUGGAAUCACAAUGCAGAUGCUCAAAGCAUGCUGA